AGUAUUGGUAUUCUGAAGGCGUGUGUUCUGUAGCUUCAGCAUCCCGAGGCUUUCACGGAAAUCGAGUCAUUUUACAAGGAGGGUACAGAAGCCAGGAGAUGAGAGGCGGGAACGCCCAGGUGCAUCCGGAGGGCGGGCAGAUAGUUGCCCCAGGUCCAGGUGCCGCGCCCCCGAGUGGAGGGGCCCUGGCCCCGCUCCGCCAGGCGGAAGCGCCUCUGCCAUUGGCCCGACGGCCGCUUUUACCUGCGCUGGGCCCGCGGCCCGAGCGCAAAGUCCGCGGCGCCGGGUCCAGGAGGCGGCGGUCGGCAGCGUAGAUGGGCCCCCGCCCUCGGCCAGGCAAGAUGCCGCUGGGGCUGCGGAGAAAGAAGCAAGCCAAGUCCCAGGAGGCCGCCCGGCUGGUGGGGGCAGAGCGGGCGGGCGCGCGUGGCAGCAGCCCCCCGGGCCCCGCGGUUGCCACUCGCGUGCUGGUUUUCCACACGCAACUGGCGCACGGCAGCGCCACGGGCAGAGUGGAGGAUUUCUCCAGCAUCCAGGAGCUCUACGACAAGAUCGCGGGCGUGUUUGAGAUCUCGCCGUCCGAGGUAAGGGCCAGGAGCGCGCCCGCUUCCCGCCUCCCGCGCGCCCCGCGGCUUUAAAUUGGCCCCAAAGGCUUCGGAUGCGGGGUGGAAUACGCCGGGAGCGCAGCUGGGCAGGUGAGAGGGCCUCACGCGGAGGGGAAAACGUAAGCCCCAGGACCUCCUUGCUCGGAGAUGCAGCUUCUGGGAAGCAGGGGCUACCUUUCUUCCUUCUGCGGUGAGUCGGCCCGAGCAACACCCGAAUCAGCCAUUCGGGGCGUGAGAACCCUCCCUGUGUCGGGGUCUGGCUGGGCAAAUGCCCUCCACCUCACCAGGACUGCCAGAUCACCCUGAUUGG